GUGCGUGUGUGUGUGUGUGCGCGCGCGCGCCUGCUCUGUCUUCUCGAUCCCCAGUGAGUCGUGGAGGAUGGCUGCUUAUACUGAGCCAGGAUCCUCUGGAGGUUUCUUCUGGUUAAAAGGGAGUUUUCCUCUCCACUGUCGCUUUAUGCUUGCUUAGUAUGAGGAUUUGCUGGGUUCCUAAUAUAGGAAACAUUAUUUCUGAUUGGCUUAAUGAACUGACCUGAAUUGGAAUGUUUAUUAUGUGAAGUGCCUUGAGACGACUCUUGUCGUGAUUUGGCGCUAUAUAAAUAAAAUUGAAUUGAAUUGAAUUGAACUGACGAGAUCCAUUUUAGUGAAUUUCAGUUUCCAGUUUCCAGAAAAACUGCAGAAGCAGCCGUGCACCCAGCACACACAGACAGACAAAGGCCUUGAGGAUAACAUAUGGAGGAGAGGAGAAGAAAAGCGUCUGCACCCUCCAAGAGCCGGAAGAAGGUGCCUUGCUUACGAGGACGCUGUCCUUCCUUGGCCAAAGAAAACGGUUAAGUGGAACAGACUUGCAUCACGUGACCGCGUCUUCCACGGCAGUCACGUAACGUCACGCGACACGGGAGAUAACGUCACAUUUUACACGUAUUAGUUUCAAUUUAAAUAUAUAACGAGCCUUUUACUUUUCAAAUUGUGUAUAUGCUUGUUAAAUUAAAUAUGUAAACAAGUUACUACCUGCUAGCCACUGAAGCUGCAAGUAUUAAGCAACUAACCAACCAUAGAUAAAUUCUUUGGAUCUAAAAAAAACAUUUUUAAUUAGUUGACUUAGUUUUAAUCUUGAAAUUUUCCCCCGAAGUAGCUGCCGACUUCUGAUCCGUCAUCCUUUUGAAAAUACCGGGGUGUAUUCUGGGAAAUUUUUGACCAAGGCUAGGCUACAAGACACCUCCCGUGUAUCCUUGCUCAGCUAGCUAAACGGCUAACAAAUGGAGAACACACGCCUCGGUAGAACAUGAACAUUGUAUCACGUCUUGGCGGUUCUUGAUGACGUAUCUCCUAGGCAACCGGGGCGGGGCCAAGACAUCAAGGGUAGGUUCCUUGGCAUUAAGAAACACCCUUAGACUCGCUCCCAUGUAUUUUAGACCUGAUUUUAUGGUUAGAUGUUACAAAGUCGCCAUUAUUUUUCAACUGGGCAUCAUUUCAUUCUUUUUCAACAUUUUGAUGGAUGUUUCCAGAAAUUAAUGGUAAAAACUACACAUUGCCUCUUUAAAGUCACUCAAAUCCCCUUUUAGACUCUCCGUUUAAACAAGCAUACUUCAUUCCGUCUAAGCCUAAGAGAGCUACAGACCACAUCAGCGCAUCAGGAGGGUUCAGCUUUAGGGUAAAGUGGAUUUUUCUGAUAAAGGAUGUGUUGGAUUCACAUCUUCUGUUCCUAGCUUGGAUCAAAAUAGCAUCCCAUGGUGAUACUCCAUAAAACAUUUAUUCAGGAGACCUUUCCCACCAUGUUCAUGCAACCAACAUUCUCCCUAACAACAUGGCAUCCUCCUCCUUUUCACUUCAGCCCAUCAAAUCCAUCUCUUCCAUGCUGUUUUAAAUGCACCCUGAAGCUGAGUGGUAUCAAAACCACUGGCGCUUAAGGAGGUUCCUUUUUGAGUUUCUGUUUUAUGACUCAGAUUUUUAAGCUCAUCCACUUGGACUGUUCUGUUGAUGCUGUUAAUAAUUUAUGUAAAUGCACACAGCUUUCAAAGCAAGGAGGAUAUGAAAUAGUUUGGAUGAGAAAAGGCUCAUCAACAUCCCAGUUAGAGACAACAAACAAACACACAUGCAUGGUCAGGAUACAACUUUGGUUACUGACAGCUCUGUUCUGGACAUUGUUGAUGAUGUUGAGGUGUGCAGUGUGUAUUUUCCCAGCUGAGAUGCAGCAGACCUCUGAAUAAGGUGUUGCCCCCGUUCUAAAUCCAUUACGGUAUUCCACCAGAGCUAAUGCAGUGGAGCCAGGAUCCUUGAUGGAUACAGUCAUAAAGAGGAGGAAGAGGAAAGGGGAGGCUCAGAUUACUACAAAUUCUGACUUCUCUCUAAAACUAAUGUGCAUUUUUAGGAUUUAUUCUGCUUUUGAAUUGGCAAACCAUAACUGAUUUCUUUUAAGUGCAGUUUUACAUGCAUCAUCAGCAUUUUGUGAUUUUUUUUUAAACCACAGGAUUUCUUGUCAUGAUGAAAAAGAGCUCUGAGCUGCAGAAGGAAGACAGAGAAGUCCUCCUGGAUCUGGACAACAGGGGUGAAGCCCAAACGACAGACAGCUACGGUAGUCUGCAGAAUGGGAGCUUCAUCCCUCCACGAUACUUUUCAGCUGCAGCUGCUGAUGAAGAUGGUGGUGCAAGCAGCAAACAGACAGUUCCACAGCUGGGGAACUACUUUAGAGAUGGAAGGGCAAAAAUAGAUUUUGUGCUGGUGUGGGAGGUCCGAUCGCGGAGGAAAAGGAGAGGGAAAGGGAAAAAUGAGGCAAAUUGUGGGGAGGGGGAAUCCGUUCCUCCGGAGGGGAGCAGCAGGUCAGAACGGAGGAAGGCACAGCUGGCACAGUGGAGGGAGAAGUUUGUUCAGAAUCUGGAGGGUGCUGGAUUGCUCGUGGAAAAGGAGGAAACAGCAAAUGAUAAGAAAACAAUUCAUUUUCUCAAAAUAAGUGCCCCCUGGGAUGUGUUGGUGUAUUAUGCUGAGGAACUUUGUCUAAGAGCUCCCCUUCAGGCUCAGCCACAUCAGAACUUAAAUACAUCUGCUAUGGUACUAAAGCGACUUUGCAUACCCAACGCCAUGAUGGAAUCGGUGCCUAACAGGCCAUUGGACUAUUACACCUGUGCCUUUCGUAAGUCCAAGAUGAACAGAUUCCUUGGCUCUGGAGACCAUGAGGCGUACUUCACUAACACACAAAGACAUUGUAUCGUAAGUGUCACAAAUAAAACAGCACAAUCUAAACAGGAUCCUUUCAUUCCUUGCUUCCGUUGCAUUUUCUUUCAGGUUUAUGAAAUCCUGGCUCGAACAGUGUACGGCAAAAGGAAGAGAGCUGAGGUCGGUGUGGACAGGCUGGUAAACGAAGGGGCCUACACAGCAGCUUACCCACUGCAUGAGGGACCAUUUCAGCUUCCGAAUUAUGAGAGUCGCCCAGACGAGCUGAACCAGAGGCAAGUGCUGUACUACUACUGGGCCCGCUGGUGCAAAUGGUACAAAUAUCAACCACUGGACCACAUCAGAGAGUACUUUGGGGAGAAGAUUGCACUCUACUUUGCAUGGCUGGGUUUCUACACAGCCUGGCUGCUGCCAGCAGCUUUGGUUGGAACCCUGAUUUUUGUGUCUGGAGUCAUGACCAUGAGCACCAACACACCAGCAGAGGAAAUUUGUGGCAGUGGUGCUAAGUACCUGAUGUGUCCACUCUGUAAAACAUGUAAGGCCUGGAACAUGUCUGAGAUCUGCACCAUGGCUAAGAUGGGAUACCUGUUUGACCACCCAGGUACCGUGUUCUUCAGUGUUUUCAUGUCCUUCUGGGCCGUGGCCUUUCUGGAGUACUGGAAGAGAAAGAUGGCUACUCUGGCUCAUCACUGGGACUGCAUGGACUUCCACGAAGAAGAAGAGCGUCCUCGACCAGAGUUUGCUGCUAUGGCUCCAACCAUGGAGCAAAAUCCAGUUACCGGGAUCAAAGAGCCCUACUUUCCAGAAAAGACGAGGCUGUCACGCAUGUUCACCAGCUCCAUGGUCAUCAUUUUAAUGCUGUGUGUGGUGAUAAUCUUCCUGGUGACUGUGGUCGUGAGCCGUGGCAUCAUCAGCGUGAUGAUGUACCACACUGGGAGCCCAGUGCUGCGUACAGAGGCAGGGACCAUAGCCAACAUCUCCAGCAGUGUUGUAAAUCUGGGCCUCAUCCUGUUGAUGGGACAGGUCUACACUGCGUUAGCAGAACAGCUCACUAAAUGGGAGAUGCACAGAACACAAACCCAGUACGACAAUGCUUUCACCUUCAAAGUGUUCAUCUUCCAGUUUGUCAACUUUUACUCGUCUCCGUUUUACGUGGCUUUCUUUAAAGGAAGGUUUGUUGGUUACCCUUCAAAAUAUGGAACCUUGUUUGGGAUGAGAAAUGAAGAUUGUGGUCCUGGAGGGUGCCUCAUUGAAUUGGCUGAACAGCUGUUCAUCAUAAUGGUUGGGAAGCAGCUCAUCAACAACAUCCAGGAAUUCAUUUUACCUAAAGUAAAGGCCUGGCACCAGAAGAGAGCUUUCUCCAGUGUGCUGGGAGGCAAAGUAUCCCAAGAGCCCCGGCUCUGGGAGGAAGACUAUAAAUUGGUACAAUGUGAGGGGCUGUUUGAAGAAUAUCUGGAAAUGGUGCUCCAAUUUGGGUUCAUUACAAUAUUUGUGGCGGCCUUUCCCCUCGCACCCCUCUUUGCUUUGCUGAAUAACUGGGUAGAAAUCCGCCUGGAUGCACACAAGUUUGUGUGUGAGUACCGUCGACCCGUGGCUGAGCGCGCACAAAACAUCGGAGUCUGGUUCAAUAUACUGGAAGCCUUGUCGCACCUGUCUGUCAUCGCCAAUGCUUUCCUCAUAGCCUUCACCUCAGAUUUCUUGCCUCGCUUACUCUACCAGUACAAGUUUCAUAACGACCUCCAUGGAUAUGUCAACUACACCUUGGCUUAUGCCCCACUAAAUUAUACAGAUUACCCCAUGUGCAGGUACAAAGCAUUCAGAGACAACAAUGGAAACUACACACUGUUUUACUGGGAACUUCUUGCUGUCCGACUCGGGUUUAUCAUAGCAUUUGAGCAUGUUGUUUUCUUUGUACUGCGAGCCAUUGACUGGAUCGUGCCUGAUGUUCCUGAGUCCCUGGAGCUGAAGAUGAAGAGGGAGCACUACCUGGCAAAGCAGGCACUGGCUGAAAACCAGGAGGCCCUGUUGAAGCUGUCGGAGCGGACUUCUUACUGGACCUGGCCGGGGAACCCCUUGGGAUUCCCCCGGAGGAGCUGGCCCAAGUGGCUGGGGAGAGGGAAGUCUGGCCCUCCCGACGCUACUGCCCCCGCAACCCGACUCCGGAUAAGCGGAUGAAAAUGGAUGGAUGGACAAAUAACACAUUUACACCAAGCGACGCAUCCUGCCGAAUCAUGAAUUAAGAUUCCUGCACAGAAAAGGAAUGACAGGAGGAAGAUGCUCCAUUGCAUUUGGGAUGACUAAAUAUUCACCAUGUGAAACUAAAGAUAUUUUAAUUUUGCUAAUGCAAGUGCAGCACAAAUAUUUUAAAUAACACUUGUGUACUGGAAGUUAAUCUCACCUCUUACAUUGUCUGCACAUGCAGAUCGUAACUUGUUGUUUUUAAGGUGAUUUUUGCACAAGAAUAUGUAAUAAUUUUUGCAUAAAUCUAAGUUUAACUAGCUCACACCUCAGUUACUUGAAGCUGUACCGUGUCACUAGUGCCAGCCGACUGUUUUUGUGUUUGUUAACAUUUAUCACAAGCUACAGUUUUGGCAUAACCAACACCGUUUUGCCGUUGUGCAAUGUUUUCCUUUGAGGCGCUUCGAAGUGCUAAGAGUCCCUGAGGUGAAACUCUGAUUCCACUUUAGUUUGUAGCACCGACAUUCUGUCAAUCAUUUGUAGUCUUUAACCUCGACUAGAGAUAACCCCAAUUUUCUCACACUUGAAAAAACUCUUUCAAAGACAUAGAAGAUGAUAAACAACUGCUUUCACACGCUGAACUGGGCUAGAAAUCUAAUGAAAACUUCACAGUAUUUUCUUUAGUGACCACAGCCUUAAAGUCAGUGUUAUUAAUGAAUGAAUGCUGUAGGAUUGCAGGAACGUGACUGUUUCGUUGUUUUUCUUGUUAAAAUUUAAAGGCUAGCAUAAUGUUUUCGCGCGUGUGUAAUAAGCAUGUUGGGAGCUUUUCUGCUUGUAUGCCUUGCACGGUAUUUAUAUAAAGUAUUUUUAAGUAUUAUUGCACAAAACAAAAACGAUUGAAGAUUGUUUGGUGUACGUUUUGCUUUGUAGACAUUUCAGACCAAAAUAAAUCUAGCUUGAUGAAUGCAA